CUCUUUGGUCCGCGGGCCCACCGUGACAAGCGAUCUGUUCGCCUGUGCGGCAGCCAUUGAUGCUCCCGUUAUUGACCGCCGAAAGCAGACAUUUCUGAAGCAAUUCGAUUUUUUCCCCCCCGACUGGAGCCAUGGUGUCGCACUCUCUCGCCCUGCCGAUGAUCUGCUUCACCACCCUUUGGGCGCUGGUGGGGGUGGUGGCUCCCUUUUUGGUGCCCAAAGGACCAAAUCGAGGGGUGAUUGUCUCCAGUUUGAUUCUCACUGCCAUCUGCUGCUACCUCUUCUGGUUAAUAGCCAUCCUGGCACAGACCAACCCUCUGUUUGGCCCUCAACUGAAGAACGAAACCAUUUGGUACCUGACUUACUUCUGGGAGUAGACCAGGCGGCCCUUAUAUCGCCGUCAUGCACGCACACACACACACACACACACCCCAAGUUCCAUACUUUUAAGAAGAAGACUACUGUACUGGUUGAUAUUUAUUUAAAUGAGUGCUUAACAAACCUUUAAAUGUGCAAUGUGUUAGUUCCACUUUUUUUUUUUCAUGUGUAUUUAUAGUUUAAUCUGCGAACGUAAUGAACGGAGUGCUAUGUCAUUGUAACACCCCCAAACAUGGUGAGCAACCCCAAACUCCUUCUCCUCAUCCUUGUUGCCGUGGUGAUCCGCUCACCCGAUUCACAGCGGGGCACACGUAAGAUGCAUUUGAGCACGCUUUGCGCGGCAAAAUGUACAUUCUGACGGAUGCAUGUGCGUUUGUAAAACAGUUUCAAAAGAAAACACUCCAAUCAGAAGUAUGACACCAAGUUGUUACAAUUGAGCAUUUUUCCUGUUGGACAUGGUGGAAACAAUUUGUUUUAGACACCUGCCAUCCUCAAAAAACAAAAUACCCCUCCUUGGCGCUUCCUCUGCGAUUUGCUUUUCGCUUUGAGCCUCAACCGCAGCGAGGUGUCCUGAUUGCUCCUCCCUCUUAAUUUUCCUUUAACCAGCGAUGCUUUAGCCCAAAAGACAAAGCCAACAAACCCAAAGAUUCCAAAUCAACAUCUAAAUACAGCUACUUUUCACAAAGACCAAAUUCCGCAAAAAAGACAACGGCAUUCUAAGCCCGACCCUCUCGACUCAACUUUUUUUCUUUUGGAUCAGGGAAGCAACUGUGGAAAUCUUCCAAGUUGUGGCGCGCCACAUUCCGCUCGGCAGCCGCUAAGCACUUUGGAUAACGUUCCGUGCUUCCUGCUUUUAAUAUCCGCUCGUAAUCCCGUCAAUGUGUGUGUGUGUGUGUGUGUGUGUGUGUGUGUGUGUGUGCCCGCGCGUGUGCAUGUGGAGUCGCCAUGGCAACAACAUCCAUCACAGCUCUAAUUGUCAUUGUGACCUGGUAUUAAUGAUUGUUAUGUGUGUGAAGAAGUGAAAGAAUAAAAAGAGUAACUUCCUUGUGUUGAAUUCAACAGUAUGGAAUGUACGCAGCAGCUCCUGUAGACUUUUCCGUUUCAGACAUUUCACAAUGACACAGCACUUACAAUUUUGGUCUUGCAGCCAUUUGAGGUUGUUGGGCUUCAAAAGUACUGCGCAUAAUCACAGCCUCACCUUCUGUUAGCUUGGUCCUGCUACACAAGGGGGGGGGGGGUAUUUUUGUCCUUGUAUUUCUACACACAACAUGAAAUUGUUUUUGCCAUUGAACAAUGAGCAACUUGAAACUCACAGGUGUUGCACGCCGUGACAUAUAUCUGGUUACUAUGGCGAUGAGAAGAUGAUCUUGACCGUUAUCAAGUAGGCCGACAUGGAGCUGCCACUCCCUCGCUACACUAUCUCGUCAGAUUCAAAAUGUUGCAAAUUUAUGAUUUUUUUUUUAUUCUGAUGAAAAAGAGACUUUUGUGAAAAGAAAGACCUUUUCCUUCAAACACUACCUUGUUCUCAUACUCUAUUUGAAUUCACAAAGCUGUUCGUAAAUCUCAAAUGAAAUGA